CCGUACAGUACGGUACGGCAUAUGAUCCGGAUCUUCUUUCUGUUGCUGCCCCUCCGGACCAUCAUCCCUCCCCCACCUUUUCUUGCAUUCUCACCCUCACCCUCACCUUCUCCUCUUCUUCCUCCUCUCAGAGAUUUUCUUUUUUCUUGACAUUUCUCCUUCCUCUCCACACGUUCCUCCCACUAGUCCUUUCUUUACAGGCACUUUCUCUUAUUAAAAUAAAUGACAAUGGCUGCCGCUCAAGGAUACCCUUUUCUUUGCUUGGAGAACCCUCUCCUCGAUAUCCAAGCUGUUGGUGAUGCUGCUCUUCUCCAGAAGUAUGGUCUGAAGGACAAUGAUGCUAUCCUCGCUGAGGAGAAGCAUAUGGGGCUCUACGAGGAGCUUCUGCAGAACCAUGAUGCAAAGUUGAUUGCGGGUGGUGCCGCCCAGAACACUGCCCGUGGCGCUCAGUACAUUCUCCCCGACAACUCUGUUCUCUACAUCGGAUGUGUUGGCCGUGAUAAGUAUGCCGAUAUUCUAACGGAAACCUGCACCAAAGCUGGUGUGCACACCGAGUACCGUGUGGACGAUGUCCAGCCUACCGGCAAGUGCGGUGUGAUCAUUACUGGCCACAACCGUAGCAUGUGCACCCACCUUGCUGCGGCCAAUGAGUACAAGCUUGAGCACCUUCAGCAGCCUCAAAUCUGGUCUCUUGUUGAGAAGGCUCAGGUGUACUAUGUUGGUGGCUACCACCUUACCGUGUGUGUGCCCGCUAUCCAAGCUCUUGGUGAAGAGGCUGCUGCAAAGAACAAGAUCUUCAUGCUCUCUCUUUCGGCCCCUUUCAUCCCUGAGUUCUUCAAGGACCAGCUCGACAGUGUGCUACCAUACACCGACUACACCUUCUGCAAUGAGACCGAGGCUCGUGCUUAUUCCAAGAGCCACCAAUGGGGUACGGAUGACGUCUCUGAGAUCGCCAAGAAAUUGGCUCAGCUGCCCAAGAAGAACACCAGCCGCCCAAGGGUCGCCAUUGUGACUCAGGGCACUCUUCCCACCGUAGCUGCUACCGUUAAGCCCAACGGCGAAGUUGAGGUUAAGGAGUUCAGCGUUGUUGAGAUCCCUAAGGACAGCAUCAACGACACCAACGGUGCCGGCGAUGCCUUCGCUGGUGGUUUCUGUGCUGGUGUCGUGCAAGGCAAGUCUCUUGAAGAGAGCAUGGACAUGGGCCAGUGGCUCGCCAGCCUUAGCAUCCAAGAGUUGGGACCUUCUUUCCCCUUCCCCAAGAAGGCUUACACUCCCACCAACCGGUCGUAAACUACUCACCUUUUUACCUACAUCACCUACACAGCGCCGUAAGGAUAGCAUGUGGUGACAAAGAAAGAACUCUUUUUCUUUAGGAUUCAACCUUCUAAUACCCCACCUGUCUUUGACUUAACGUCUUCGACUUCUUUCCAUCAACAUCUUCUUGAGUGUUGCACUCCCAUUGCCUGAUGAUUUAUGUGAUAGACAGGAGUUGCAGAGAUGACGUUCUCAACAACGAAUUUAAUGGUCCGCACAUUCGGUUCGAUAUACAUAUAAAUAAAUCUAUUACCAUCUUCAGCGAUGUAUGCUU